CUCCUCCUUGAGAUUCAGUGUUGGCCAAGGAAAACACUCAGAGAGAGAGACACACACACAGAGGCAUGGAGAGAGAAAGAGAUGGUUUUAAUCAUGACGAUGAAGAUGAUUACAAGAAAAGUGAUGGUGGGCAUCAAAGGGUGAUGGUGGAGGAGGCGUUCAAGGACACUGCUGUGCCACCAUGGACAAAACAGAUAACAAUAAGGGCCAUGGUGACCAGUUUUAUUUUGAGCAUUGUGUUCAUCUUCAUUGUGAUGAAACUUAAUUUAACUACUGGUGUCAUACCAUCCCUUAACGUUGCAGCUGGGUUGUUGGGAUUUGCCAUUCUGAGGAGUUAUACGGCCUUGAUUCAAAAAUGUGGUUUCCUCAAGCAACCCUUCACUAGGCAAGAAAACACUGUUAUUCAAACAUGUGUUGUUGCAUCCUCCGGGAUCGCCUUUAGCAGUGGCACUGCAAGUUAUAUGCUAGGGAUGAGUCCAGUUGUGGCUGGCCAAGCAGAAGGAGCAAACACCCCAAACAACGUGAAGCAACUCUCUCUGGGUUGGAUGAUUGGUUUCCUCUUUGCCGUGAGCUUCCUUGGCUUAUUCUCUAUUGUGCCCCUAAGAAAGAUGAUGAUCUUAAGGUACAAGUUAACAUACCCAAGUGGGACUGCAACUGCAUAUCUCAUCAAUAGCUUUCAUACACCCAAAGGAGCCAAGCUAGCAAAGAAACAAGUUGCUGUGCUUUUUAAAACCUUCUGCUUUAGCUUUGUGUUUGCCUUUUUCCAGUGGUUCUUUGUUGCUGCCGAUGGAUGUGGGUUUUCAAGCUUCCCUACAUUUGGUCUCCAAGCCUAUGACAAGAGGUUCUACUUUGAUUUCUCAUCAACAUAUGUUGGUGUUGGAAUAAUUUGCCCUUACAUGGUAAAUAUUUCUUUGCUUAUUGGAGCCGUACUCUCAUGGGGAGUCAUGUGGCCAUUGAUUGAGCAGAAGAAAGGUAACUGGUAUAGUGCUGAAACAAGUGAAAGCAGUCUCCAUGGCAUUCAAGGAUAUAGGGUUUUUAUUGCCAUUGCCAUGAUGCUUGGUGAUGGUCUGUUUCACGUAGUCUACAUGCUGAUCAAAACUGGAACCAGUCUAGCAAUGCACAAGUCUGAGAAGAAACAAUCGUCUCAAGAAAUUGGCCAAAAGUACUCAAACACAGAGAUUGUAAAUUACGACGAGCAACGACGUACGCAGUCGUUCUUGAAAGAUCAGAUUCCCAAUUGGGUAGCUUUUCUUGGUUAUGUUAUCCUCGCAGCCAUAUCCAUUACUGUCGUUCCCUUCAUCUUCCACCAAUUGAAAUGGUACCAUGUAUUGGUUGCUUAUGCAAUUGCCCCGGUUUUGGCCUUCUGCAAUGCCUAUGGUUGUGGUCUUACUGAUUGGUCUCUUGCCUCCAACUACGGCAAAGUUGCUAUCAUAAUUUUCAGUUCUUGGGUUGGACUUGACAAUGGGGGUGUCAUUGCUGGCCUUGCUUCUUGUGGUGUAAUGAUGAGCAUUGUUUCUACAGCUUCUGAUCUCAUGCAGGAUUUCAAGACUGGUUAUCUCACUUUGGCAUCUCCUCGUUCUAUGUUCUUUAGCCAGGUUUUUGGCACAGCCAUGGGUUGUAUCAUGUCACCAUUGAUCUUCUGGUUUUUCUACAAAGCUUACUCAGUUGGAGACCCUGAAGGGUCGUAUCCUGCACCUUACGGCUUAAUGUACCGUGGAAUAUCGCUUCUUGGAGUCGAGGGUAUUGAUUCCCUUCCCAAAAAUUGUGUCAAACUCUCUAUCAUAUUCUUCUGUGCUGCAAUUGCCAUGAAUAUACUCACCGAGCUGUUGCGACGUUAUGAAACAAAGUACGGGCUCUGUAGGUUUAUUCCAAGCCCAAUGUGCAUGGCCAUCCCAUUCUACCUUGGUGCAUACUUCGCCAUUGACAUGUGUCUUGGGAGCUUGAUUCUCUACUUGUGGCGAAGGAAGAACAAGCAAAAGGCCAAUGACUUUGCACCGGCUGUGGCAUCAGGUCUCAUCUGUGGUGAUUCUUUGUGGGGUGUUCCGUCUGCUAUUCUUGCUCUUUCCGGUGUUAAAGCUCCUAUUUGCAUGAAGUUCCUAUCUUCCUCUGUCAAUGACAAGGUUGAUGCCUUUUUGGCUGGGUAA